AUGGAUCUCGACGAGUUUUCCGACGACGGCUUCGACGAUCUCACCGACAAUGUGCUCCAAGAGCUUGAGAAUCACGCCCUUCAGUCCACCCAGGCCCAGCCUCAGCAUGCGUUUACGCAGCAGUUCGACUAUGCCUGGGAGCAGGAAGACGACGAUUUGGACACCACCGAGGUGACCAACGAUGCUGGACUUCCUGUUGGCCGGCCGAUUGUCGACAAGACAUUGCGACAGCAACCACAGAAGCAGCAGCAGCAGAGACCUCCCGUGCCCAAUCCUCGAUGGAACCCCGCGAUCGACUCUGCCGCCGCCAGGCCCGGGGCUCCGCUUGCAGAGCGGACUCGAAUUGCCAGCGUUCGGCCCUUGAACCAGCCGUUCAUGGGGUCCCAGCGGUUCCCGGACUCUUCGCAAAGUGCUAGUCGGCCUCAGACGGCACAGCUUGCUGCUCUGCCAAUGCCGUCUCAAGGGCAGUCGGGGACCAUGGUGACGGCACUCCAGAAGAGAAUUCGUGUUUUGGAAGCUGAGCUCAAUGCCGCUCGUGGCGAAGCAUCCAUCCUCCGUUCGAAUUCGACAAAGGCGCAACAAAACUACGACGAGCAGAUUGCGCGCCUCCGAAAGCUAAAUGCCGAGCAAUUGAACAAGCAGGAGAAGGCAAUGGAAGCAGCUCUGGCAGCUGAGAAGCAUGCCAACGUGGAGCUUCAAUUCAUGCAGCGCGAUAUGAAGGAGGCCAAUGAUCGAGCUCGGAAAAAAGAACCUGUCAACACCAAUACAGCGACCCCAAAAAAAGCCGCCAAAACGUGGGGUUUCGCCGAUGGCUUCGACGAGAUGGAUAUCGCUGCAAGCCCAAGCAAGGGUCAAGGGAGAAGUAAGACUGCUGGCUCAGUUGCUGCCAAUAUCGGAGAGAGGACGCCGAGCAAGGGUAAACGAAAGCGCCAGGUAUCUGAAUCACCUAUGAAGGCUCUCGAUAUACACACGGGUGAUGCCGAGAUGAGCGAAGCGAAGCCUACCUUUCAGCCAGCAUUGCAGCAGCCUGUCAUCAUAGCCGCUCCCACAGCUCCUUUUGAUUUUUUGCAAGUUGUGCUUGACCACGGCUUUGCCCAAGGCCAGCCCCCCACCUUCGACAUACUCUCACGCAUCUCAUUCCCUUCCGAUCCAACAGUUUCAUUUUCAACCCUCAUUUUUGAAAGACUCCCCCUAAUGGGAAAUCCCUACCAGCCAAUGCAACUUCUUGUCGAUUUCGCUGAACAGAUCAUCAUUCUCUGGACUCGGUGCUUUGAAGAGCAAUUUUGGGAACCUAUCAAAUACCUUGUGUCGCUCAUCUCCUUCACAUUUCAGCUUCAUACCUCAUCUGUUGCGCCACUCAUCAUCUCCAGGCUUGUGCCAGUAGCACAAACAACAAUAUUCACCGUUGCAGAAGGACCUUCUCGUCUUUCAGAUGGGGCGGCGGCCAACAAUGACGAGCAUGCCAUGCUGGAACAGCAGAUUGACACAACCCAUAUUCUCUCGUUGCUGUACACUGCGUCUUUGGCUUGCGCAACGACACCUACUGAGACAGAAGACGGCGUUAGAUACACUUCUGCUGCAUUUUGGAAACUCAUUUCUCUAGACUUUACUCUUCUUCUUUUGAUGCCAAAACAGAAAACUGUCGAUAUCAUUGGAAUGCUCGACUUGCUAGCCACUUCUUCGCUGCCCGACUCUAUCGGCCCAAUAUCUGAUGAGAAAGAUGCGAUAUCCGUUGCGCGAGCCGUCAUCGAGCGAGUAUCUGCCAAGCUCAUGGAGCAUCCCCGCGCCACAACUACCCCGGCGCAAAAACGAAGCGUGCGACUUGCUGCUCUCCGAACAUUGGUUACUUUCGCGAGACAUGAGUUUGGUGCCAAGCAGCUAGCAUCUCACGACAACGCCCUUCCACGUCUGGUAGCUUGCUUGAGUACCUCCAUCGACGAACUUUACGAUCAGCCAAUCCCACCCAGCAUCCUCCCUCCCCUCCCGGAUGUCAUGACAUCUUCGUCGCUGAAAUUUGCCGAAUCUACGACUUCUGCUGAGCUCUACCGCAUCAUUUCCCAAUGUGUAACUCUCAUCCACACGUUAGCCACGGACCCGUGCACAGCCAACUUGGCCGACAUCACUCGAAAACUAUCGCUUUCGCAUGGAGGAAGUCAACGCUACCUAAUUGCACUUGGGAGACUGACAUUUGCCGAGGAAGACUUGGUCAUGGAGGCGGGGAUUGAGGGCGAAGUGGUCGAAGCGGCCCACGAGCUUUUGGAAAUGGCUGUGACCCCAGAUGAAGGGGAGAUUGUGAGCGAGGCUUUUGGGGCCUAG